AUGGGAAUGAUUAAACCUCCCAAAAGGGAAAAAAGAAAGACAUGCACAAAAAUAGACCAAUUCUGCCCCACUUGCUCUUAUCAGUCUUGAUCUCGGUGUUUACUGGAAGGAAGGGUUUGUACACUCUCCGUGCAGUGGUGGAUGACCAGAGGAGUCAGUGUUACGUGUUCACAUGUACAGUCGCACACUUUACUCACUGCUGCUGCCCCAAACUGAACAACAGGAUUUUAGUGCUGAGCUGUAAGACACACUGCGUCAGACCCGGUGAUCCUCACCAAACCUACAGAAUGGAGAUCAAGGUGUCUGUCGAAGGAGUCCAACGCAUCGUUUGUGGAGUCACAGAAAGGACCACGUGUCAAGAAGUGGUCAUUGCUUUAGCCCAAGCUCUGGGGCGCACUGGACGCUACACUUUGAGGGAGAAGUUCAAAGAGUACGAGCGCAAUGUGACUCCUGAUGAGCGACUGCUGGAGUCCCUGGAGAAGUACGGUCAACAAGCCAGGGAGGUCCAGCUCACCCUGCAGCAUUUGGGGCCCUCUCUAGGGGACUGGACAAACAAGCCACGGGCUCAGUUGAGACGGGCCGAGGGCGGGGGGAGGGUGAGGAGAGGCAGCGGUGUAACCAGCCUAUAUCGGCAGAGCCUGCCACCACUGUCCCGUCUACGGCUCCACUCUGAGGCACCCCCCGAAGAAGUGAAGAGACCAAAAAGGAAAUCGCUGACGCUAAUGGAGGAAGCAUGGGGUUGGCUAGAGAAUCUGGGAAGGGGCGGGAAGCAGCAAUUAGGACAUGAUAAGGGGAAAAGCAAGGAGGACGAUAAAGGAGAUGGCCCAAGGGAUAAAGCGGUGGUUAAACGGGGCAAAAUUCCUCCAGACUCUGGGGAACGACAGGGAAGAGACAAGAAAGAGAAAAACAAAACAGAAAACCAGGGCAUAAUCAGUUGCCUUGGAAAACACAGAAGAGAGGAUAACGAGAAUGAGAUAUUUGGAAUAAAAGAGGGUGAAAAACAUAAAAGUCUAAAAAAGGAUCAAGGCUUCGACACUCUGGAGCAAGGAGUAACUCAGCCACAAGACAAGUCCUUUAAAACGGGGAGGGACGAGGCGGCAGAACUGGGAAGGUUGAUCAUCCAACAACAGGCUAGUCUGAGAGAGCUCAAGCUCAAAACCACUUCGGUUAAUGAGCAGAUUGGCCAGCUUGAAGCACAACUUACAGAAAAGCUGUCAAUUGCAGAGGUUUUGGAAGAUGAGGAACAACUCGAGUUCUGGCGCAAUGAACUAAAGGCGGAAGAGGGCUACGAGAAAGACUUGCAGAGGCAGUUCCAAGAGCAGAAGGAGAAAGCUGCAGAGUGCAAAACUAAGUUAGAAGAAUAUAAACACAAGCUGCAGCGAAUGGACCUCACAAACCUGAGAAUUUCCCAAUGCCAACAAAUGCCAGAGCCACAUGAUGAGGCCCUCGUGAAGAUGGCCAAAUCACUUGAGCUAGAAGGCUCAGAAGCAACAAGAGUGAACUCCAUGGCUGAUGACCCAAAGGGAGACAGUAAGCAGAAGACUGUGGUCAGCAGAGUGGAACCCAAACUGCCUUACAUCUUAGUAUCUGCAAAUCAGAUAGCAGAGUCACAACUAAAUGGGCCCUCAGAACUAAGGAAUUGGUGGUCUCGAUGGACUGAGGCGCAAAAACCCAACUCAAACUCAAGACCUACGUCAAAAGUUGUGCACCGCUCUGAAAUAACCGUACACCUUGCAAGCACAAGGGUUUAAGAAAUUCAAAACAUUAAGUGAUGACACCAUCAGACUCAAAACUGUUCAAGGGUACUUGUCCUUCAAAGGCAGCUGCACAUUUACAUGCACAAGCCAAACAGCCCUUUUUGCUGAAAGUGUUUAAACUCAUGUACAGGCAUUCAAAUGGUGCAACUACCUGGUAAAUUGUUACCAAUGGCAACUAGGGUAGGCUUUGGUUUAAGGUGUUUUGGAAAAGUUGAAUUUUAUGUUUAGAGGAAUGCAAGUAAAAAGUGAGCAAAG